AUGACGAUUUGGAGGAGGGAACUAGGGGAGAGGAACAAGAUUUGGCAUCGUGCUACGACUCCAUUCAUACCGGUCAGUAUCAAGAAGCACGAGUCCUUCCCUCCACACCACUACAAGAACAUCGAAAUCAUCCCCGUCGACUCUUCAUUCUUCGCUUCCUCCAUUUCCUUAGCCGCCGACUGCUGCCGAGAACUUUUUUUGCUAACGGAAAAAUGUUCAGCUCUAUACGUGAAAUCCAGUGUGCUGAAGAACGACGAUUUCAACCGUGUCGAGAACAUCGCUUACUUAGUGCGGAAUGAACCCCACAGGAAAUGCAACCAAUGCCAUGGCUUACCCCAAAUGCUAAUGACGCGGCCCCAUGUUAGCCCGAUCAAUUACCUCCCAAUUACUUAUGACCUUUCGCCAGAUAGAUCUCUCGACCUCACGAUAAUCUUUACUCUAGGCUUGGCGCUUUCGGUAGUCCUCAUUGGCAUCGAUACCACCGUCGCUGGUACGUUCUCCGGCUCAUCGACGCGUGAUAGGACUGGUAGGAGUGAUUGGUACAUCGAUUCAUGCGAAUGGGGAGGUGACGUGCGCGGUGCGAAGCACUUUACCAAUGAUCUCGCAAUGCCAGGUUGA